AUGUCCGACAUUAACGACUUCAACCUCGACCCUGCUUCCCGCAAGGAGCUCGAAGCGUUCAUCGAGACGCAGCAGGCGCAGGGCCGCGUCCAAACCCAGGUGCACAUGCUCACCGAGAUGUGCUGGGACAAAUGCGUCGGUUCGAUCUCGUCGGGCUUCUCCCGCAGCGAGCAGAGCUGCCUCGCGAACUGCGUCGACCGCUUCCUGGACACGAGCAUGUACCUCGUGAAGAAGGUCGAGGACCGUCGAGAGGCCGCGCAGGGCCAGUGA